ACUUUCAUGCAACUUUUCUACGCGAUUACCUGUUGAUGAUGAAUUUUUCAACGAUUAACAGUUAGUAGAUUUAUUGCUCUGAUUGUGACGUUGAAGCAUGAUAUUUUGUUUAAAAUGAUGACACCAGCUUGUAUAGCUUGUGAAGCAAAUGAUCGUGAUUAGCUUCACGCGUACUUACAGGACUGAUAGGUGUGUUGUCGCAAGGAAGCGUGAAACAAUAUUGACCGACUCUCUUCUCGAGUUGAAUGCGAAAGUCGAAAUUAUUUUUAAAAGAAAAUUUUAAAGAUGAUUAUUCCAAGCGCGUUUACAUUCAACAGUCUUAUUAUUCGCGAGCCUAGCAGAAUGAUAGCGAAUAUAGGAUUGUCUGUUACGUAAACACCAGUUAGCCUAGCGUUCCUAAGGUUGGAGUGCAUUUUUUUCUGUUCCAUUGGUUGCGACAAUUAAGUAGUGCAAAUACACGAACGGAUACUGCGGUCGACCGCAACCGUUAGCUUCUCUGGUUCAUGUGCAGUAAUUAGAAAAAUGUACAAUUUAAUUAGUACAGCGAAUUGAUUAUCAAGCAAUUUAAAAAUAGCGCAAUUGUGCAAUCGUUUCAAUUGAAGUUCACACGAGCUGCCGCUUUGUGGCGUGUGGCAUCUGUCAUGAUUUACGCGGCUAAUGCUUUUGACGCGCGCCGAUGCUAUCUUUUCACGAGGCUACACCUUGGCGCAAUGAUAAAUGCUUUAUUCAUAUGUUAAAUUUUAUAAGGGCUGCGAUACGCAAAAGCUUACCGUUACUUGCAGGGUAUGAUCAAACUGUAAUCUUGCAUAAAUGGGUAAUGCUUGCAUGUCGAUUAUUCAAUCUGUUCGAUUUAUUUGAAGAAAAGGUAUAGUAUGCGUGCAGCUGUUCAGUCAAUUGAAAACCUUAUAAGGCCGGACGAGGACCUCAGCUGCUCCACGCUGGAUUAUUUUACUCGAUCCAUAGACAAUUUUAUAUUUGCUUUCGAAUAUGCGCACUUUUUUCAAAGUCGAAUCGUAUAAUAAAAAAACUUUUGGAUGUUGUGCAUUUAUUUACAAAAGUUAGUUUGAUAAUUAGAAUAACAAGUGCACGACAAAAGAGCAUUGUUCUCUGACAGUGAUUAGAUUUACAAGGCUGGCGAAGGACGGUAUGAUUAUUUUUUUCCGCUUUCGCGCCAAUUCGCGCUUCGUCAUUGGCAAAUAUAAUGAAACUCAACGCAAAACUAACGCUUUCUAGUCUAAAAAACUUGUAUUGUUCUGAGCAACUCCACUCGAGCAACGCGAAACAUUAUUUAUUCUCAAAAGUCCGUAACCGCGCUCUUCACCUUGUUACAGCAAACUACUCGCGCGCAAACACCUGCCUUACCAACAGCGAAACCAUGCCCACAUCGCUCUCUAUACCCAACCUCCGAUCACCGUUGCCGCAACAGGCAACGCAGCUCUCACAGGCGGCUGCUGCUCCCUGGCGGCGAGUCGCUGGACUCUCCUCGGCGAUACGCACGACGCCUACGCGAACUACGUCAGCAAGCCAAUAGCGAGUACGGAGCUAUGCCACUCUAGUACGCGGCUGGCGUUAACCGCACAGCGCAGAGAGACAGCCCCGCGCGCGCGCUGCACGUGUAGGUGCGGGCGACGCGACGACGACGACGACGACGAUAAACAGUAGUGUAGUGGCCGCCGCAGGACCGACAGGAGAGUGUGUGUAACGCGGAUAACAUGGCGGCGCGACUCUCGUCCUAGUGUCUCGCAUCCCCGGCUGUGUGAGUGUGAGUGUCUGUUGUUGUUGUGAGGACGUAGACAACAAAAGCGCGGAGCCGUUCACUCAGCAAGCGAGCGAACAGUGCCGUGUGCUGGCGCGCGCCUCUGUGAGUGCGCGAAAGGAGAAGCUGCCAACGGCUGCAGCAGCGUCGCCAGGAUGUGGCAGGACCUGGACGGCUCGUCGGCCGUCACCGCGGCUGUUACAUCGUCCACGCAUCAGGUCGACCAGUUCGCCGGCACAGAAUUGACACCCGAACAGCAGAAGCUCCUGAUCGACAUCCGGAGGAAAAAGUCGGAGUUGCUGCUCGAAAUACAGCAACUGAAAGAUGAGCUCGGCGAGGUCGUGGCGGAGAUGGAGGCGAUGGAGGGCGGCGGCCUCGCGGCCGACGAGUCCAAGCCCUCGAACAAGGCCAAGCAGACCUCGAUCGGCCGGAAAAAGUUCAACAUGGACCCGAAGAAGGGCAUCGAGUACCUGAUAGAGCACGGACUGCUGACCGCCAGUCCGGACGACGUGGCCCAGUUCCUCUACAAGGGCGAGGGCCUGAACAAGACGGCGAUCGGCGACUACCUCGGCGAGAGGCACGACUUCAACGAGCGCGUGCUUCGCGCCUUCGUCGAGCUUCACGACUUCACAGACCUAAUCCUCGUUCAGGCCCUCCGGCAGUUCCUCUGGUCGUUCAGGCUGCCCGGCGAGGCCCAGAAGAUCGACAGGAUGAUGGAGUGCUUCGCCCAGAGGUACUGCCAGCUCAACACCAACAUCUUCACCAACACCGACACCUGCUACGUGCUCAGCUUCGCCAUCAUCAUGCUCAACACCUCGCUGCACAAUCCCAGCGUCAAGGACAAGCCCAGCGUCGAGCAGUUCAUCAACAUGAACAGGGGCAUCAACAACGGGGGCGAUCUGCCGAGGGAGCUGCUUGUGAGUCUUUACGAGAGCAUCAAGACGGAGCCCUUCAAGAUACCCGAGGACGACGGCAACGAUCUGAUGCACACCUUCUUCAACCCCGAUAAGGAGGGCUGGCUCUGGAAGCAAGGUGGACGCUACAAGAGCUGGAAGAGGCGCUGGUUCAUCCUCAACGACAAUUGCCUCUACUACUUCGAGUACACCACGGACAAGGAGCCUCGCGGCAUCAUUCCACUGGAGAACAUCCAGGUCAGGGAGGUCCAAGAUAGAAACAAGCCGCACUGCUUCGAGCUCUACGCCGCCGGAACCGAGUUCAUCAAAGCCUGCAAGACCGACAGCGAGGGCAAAGUCGUCGAAGGCAAACACACGGUGUACAGAAUGUCGGCGGCGACGAACGAGGAGAAGGACGAGUGGAUCAAAUGCGUGCGGCAAAGCAUAUCGCACAACCCGUUCUACGACAUGCUGGCGGCGCGCAAGAAGAAGGCCCAGAAGACGAACGUUCACUCGAAGGGUUAAGGGAGGCUGUGCUCGGCCGAGUCUAGCCUUACCCGCCGAGGACUGACAUGGAACCAGCCAGCCAGGCGAGACGCGAGUGACGCUCUCGCCGCAGCCAGCCACACAAAAGACUGUCUAACGAGGCUCCCGCCACGCGUCUCUAUCUCUGUCUCUCUACAUACCCGCACGGCAAAUCCGCGCGCCGGGUCAGGAUCCGCGGCGCGUGCGAUGCCCCGAAAACAACCGGAUCGAUAUAUGCCGGCAGCACCACCUACCUACGCGCGCAGAAAGAACCUCACGAUAUUCUUUCCGCCCACGCAGUGGUAUACAAUGCUGCAGAGCGUGGAGAGCUGGAUGAUGAUGAAACAGCGCGCGCGCUCGCUUGCACUCAGCACCAAGUCGACGCUUGUUUGUUUGUUGUUUGUUCGUUUGCACUGAGAUGAGGGUGGGGGAGGGAUGAAAGGAUGCGGAUCGUUUCGAUCCUUGUACCCUCCGCGGAGAGUUGUGUUUACUUUGCGAAUUGCUCAUGCUUUGGAAAUCGACUGCGUUCCUCUUGGUUGAAAGACUCGUUAUUAUGAAGGAGCGCGAGUAUUCACCGUGCCAAUUUGUAUACAAAGUUUGGGGAAACUUUCCCUGGGGGUGCGUUUACUUCCGGGAUCGUUUGGUACAUUGAUUUUGAUUUGAGAAGAAAGUUUCUUCAUGCUGCGGACGGCGUUUAUUCGUAAGCUGCAGGAAGUGAUGAUAACGCGUUGAACAUAGCGCCGUGUUUUUGUUUUUGUAACUUCAUUUUUGCAAUCGCUGCACCAUAAACAGCAGCACGAUGAAUAUUUCAUGAAGUUUGAUGCGCGUCUACAAAAUUCAAAAAUGAUUCAUAGAAUUCAUAAAUAUUUAGAGGCGCUUCAACUUCAACAUCUUUAAAACAUUUCUGCAGCUCUGUAUGACGAAGAAGGAAGACAAGCGUUGCUUCCUAUAACUCACGAGUAGACGCUGUCAUUUGAAGGAAUUUUUCAUUUUCACGCCAAACUGAACGACGAGAGUUAUAGCUACGUUCGUGAAUAUUUAAUUCUCAUCAUUUUUGUACAUUUUUCAUUUGAAUCAUUGAAGUAGAACAAGAGUGAUAACGCUACGUAGGACUCCAAAGUAUGCGGAAAACAAACUGAUACGAAUUUACCGUCUUUAUUUUUUCAUUAGAAAUUUGGUUGUUCAUAGUAAAUUAUUUCUGACGUACUAUUAUUAUUGAAGAGAGGACUAGCAUUCGGAUGUUACGAGAAUCGUAUGAAAACAUUAAAUUAUAUUUAUAGUUCAAUCGUCUGCCUUAUUAGUUAGCGAAUGCAUAUCCUUUUUCUCAAUUGCGAUCGAGAUGUCGUUUUUUUACUCUUAAUGAUCAAAUUACAAUGAUCCGAUUGUUACUUUGCUUGAAAAGACGCAAGCGACUGAUGAACCUUGUUAAAUCAAAAAAUCGUACAAGCGCGCAAGAAGCAAAAUAUGCAUAGUUGUGAUAGUUCUGUAUUUAUUUGAAAAGAUUGUAUAGUAUGUGAAAAAUUAGUUAAUUUGUCUAUGCUUGUAAUUAAUUUUGUCGAAAUCGUGAAAAUGUCUCUCAUAUUAACUGUGCGUUAUUGUACAGUUUGUAAAGUAUAUGGUCUGAUCGGCCAAACAUGACAAAGAAUACAUUUUUUCAAAGAAAGAUAUACAUGUUAAUAUAUAUCCAUGUAUACUGACUGUUAAACCCAUCCUACUAAGAAACACAUAUCGGUGUAUCGUAUUCUUUUUGGUAUGGGUUAGAACAUCUUGUAUAGUAUUGCAUAUAUUCAUGUAUAAAUUCAAUGAAAUAUAGUGAAGCUUGUAACUUCACUAAUUAUAUAUAAAAUAUAACGAUUAUGUAUAAUUAGGUGUAGAUAUUUCAUUUGGAAAGAUUGAUUGAUAAACCGUGCAACGAGCAUAUGUAUAUGAUGAAAUAGUUGUAAUAUUUAGAUAUGAAAUCCUAUUUAGAGUGUAAGUAAGUAAUCUAUAAAGACAGCGUCUUUAUAUAGAAAUCGAUGAAUUAGAGGCACGAUGAAAAUGCUAACAAAGCGUGUGUUUAAAUCAAUUGACCAUAGUUUUUCGUAGGUGAAGACAAAUUAUUGCACCGUUUAUUAUUCGAUCCUUUCGAAACUAGUCGUCAUGGCUGAUCUUUUAUGAGUAUGCAAAACAGAAUCGAGCGAGGUACUUUUCACUCUGAUAAUAAAAAGAAAGAUACAAGCGUAGGACAUCGAAAAAGCCUUAUUAAGAUACAAUGAAUAUCCGAGAAGCAAGAUUACGUAAUUUCAUAGAUUUUUAAUAUCUUUCAACCAUUCGUAACGUCGAUCAUUCGAGCCAGCUCCUUAUUGUUUUGGUAAGGAUUGCCAAGUGCUUUGAAAUUAAUGAAGACAAUGGUUGAAAGAUGCUUUUAUCUUCGUACAACCCGUCCGAAGAAUUGAUUUGUAAAAUGUUUUUUGUAAAAGAAGCAGAUAAACAGAAGAGUCCACAGGAAUCGUCUCUUUCGUGCCCACUACGUUCGAGCAAGACAUUAUUUUGCAAGACUAUUGUAUAAAUUUUAGAUAACGUUUAUUUAAAUUGAUCGUUGUCGGUGACGUUUAUAUGCAAUUCAUAUUAAUAGUAAACCGAUGAAAUUUAUUUAAAAUUUAUGUGAUAGUUCGAUUGAAGUAACGUUCAAAGAGCAGGGCAUCCAAGACUUUAUGUUUAUUCUGUUUUGUAAAUUAUUUUGAAUCUUUAUUCGUAUGUUUAAUAUGUUUGCGAUUUCGUUUCCUAUCAAACCUAAUCACAACAUUAUUUAUAUUCGCAAUUUACUUUUAUAAGUAAAUUAAAAUAAUCCAUUUAUACAAUUAUUCAUUAUAGUUAGGUUUGAUGGGAAGCAGAGUAGAAAUAUAAUAGAACAAAUGAAUUCAUUUAUCGUCAUAGCCUUUUUGCGAUGUAAAAAUAUUUAUAUGAAAUUCUUAUUUCUACGUUGAUUGAAUUUUGCGUAUUUAUCUCUAAUAAAGCGUCACAGUUAUAAUACGGUGGAGAAAGUCAAAUGGAAUGAGUCAAAUACCAGCAUUAUAAGAUUGUAUAAUUUACAAUAUUAUAGAUAAACCAUGAAAAGUAUUUAGUAAAAUCGAUUAUCGUUUUGCUCAAUAUGAUUAACUAGCUUACUGCUUCAGAGUGAUGCACUUGAUCUCAAAAAAUCACAAACUUCAUAAUGUUUCGUCAUAAUAUUUUGUAAGUUUUUAUAUGUGCAUAAAAUUUUUCAUGCUAGAUUUUCGCUGUAAGAUUGUAAAAUAUACAAUCGAAAUUUCAGUGGUAUGAAGCUCAAAUUAUAGGACAUGCAGCGUUAAUUUCGCUGUAAAUUAACAAGUCUUUCUAACGCAAUCGUCUCUGCUAAAGUUUACAAUAUGUGUCGUGAGUGUAAGAGUAUUCCUGCCAAAAAUAUUUACGUCUAUUUGUUUUUCUACUUUUGAUUCCAGUCUCGUUACUUUAGGUUGUUUAUAUACGUAAUAUCAAUCAUUGUGAGAGUCCAAAAGCGAACAACGAUAUUUGGUGCAAUAUAAAUCUGUAUGGAGAGAUUAAAUGAAUAAGCAGAGACGAGUUGCUUAUGCAGGACAUAAAAGAAUACCCACUCUGUGGCUUGUAUAGUUCAAAGUUGUGUAAACUAUCUCUAAAAAAUUUGUAAAUUUUGCUGUAAAUUGUUACUUUUAUUUGAUGGUUGUUAUUGUAUGCAUAAUGAUAAUAUGUACCGAAUAAGAAAACGUCUAAGCAACUAUUUAAACACGAUUAAUAAAUAAUAUUUUCUUUUCUUAAA